ACUCACCCCUCAUCCUGUACCAGGAGAACACGAGCAGCUCUUCAUUCUGUCGACAUCACUGCCAUUGACUCUUCAGUCUACAUGCAGGACUGAACUGAACGACAUGCAGAUGAAACUGUGAUGCUGAGAAGUGAAUUUAAGGAAGAUAAAUAAUUAAAGCAUCAUUAAAGUGUCCGGGGUAAGUGUGCCUCUGUGGAGAUGCCCGGAGAAGGAUCCGGUUCUGCGCUGUCCUCACACGGAGAUGUGGACGACGGGAACGUUUCACCGAUCAUUUGUGAAGAUGAGCUGCUCGGUACCGGUCGGUACAUAUUAGACGGACUCGGUUCGAACCGAUAUUUCAUGAUGGGCGCAUCCCAACACACACAGGAGAAUUCCAGCCCGUGCUCCUUGUUCCCCUGCGCGAGUCAGACCGGAUCCAUGUACGCCGGUUCGGAUGGAUCGCGGUACGCGACGUCGCUCCAUUACGGUUCGGUUCUGCCGUCCACGGGAUUCUGUCAGUCUCUGUGUGCAGGACGCAGUGAGUUCGGCACGGGGUAUCAGUUUGGACACGGUUCUGGAAACACUUACCACUCGUAUCAAGGUCCCGGGUCGGGAAUCGGUUCCGUGUCUCUGUCUGGAGCGGGACUGAGAGCGCAGGUGUACCUCUGCAACCGGCCGCUGUGGCUCAAAUUCCACCGGCACCAAACCGAAAUGAUCAUCACCAAACAGGGCAGGCGGAUGUUUCCGUUUCUGAGUUUCAAUAUAACCGGAUUGAGCUUGACGACGCAUUAUAAUGUGUUUGUGGAGAUUGUUGUGGCUGAUCCGAACCACUGGAGAUUUCAAGGCGGGAAAUGGGUCACCUGUGGGAAAGCCGACAAUAACAUGCAAGGAAAUAAGAUUUACAUUCACCCCGAGUCCCCGAACACCGGCGCGCACUGGAUGAGACAAGAAACUAAUUUCGGGAAACUGAAACUCACGAACAACAAGGGGGCAAAUACUAAUAAUGCACAGAUGAUCGUCCUUCAGUCUCUACACAAGUACCAGCCGAGGCUUCAUGUGGUUGAAGUAUCAGAUGAUGGCACCGAGGGCACAGGAAGAGAUCCCAAAACUCAGAUCUUCACCUUUCCCGAGAACCAGUUCAUCGCCGUCACGGCAUAUCAAAACACAGAUAUCACUCAACUCAAGAUUGACCACAAUCCUUUUGCGAAGGGUUUCAGAGACAAUUAUGAUUCGAUUUAUACUGUUCCAGAGCGGGAAAGACUUACACCAUCGCCGACAGAUUCCCCUCGCACUCAACAGAUCGUCCCGAGCGCACGCUACGCCAUGCAACCCUUCCUGCAGGACCAGUUCGUCAACAAUCUGACUCCGAGUCGCCUUUACAACGGUGAACGGACAGUGCCGCAAACAAACGGCAUGUUAUCGCCUCAAGUGGAUGAUGCUGGUGCCACACAGAGGUGGCUGGUUACUUCCGUCCAACAAACUAGCGCCAGCAAGUUAGAACUGACCGCAUACGAGGGCGAUUAUUCCAGUUCCCUGCUGCCGUACAGUUUCAAAUCUUUACCCCUGCAGAGCCCUCACACUCUUGGCUACUAUUCAGACUCCGCUUUUGCAUCCGUGACUGCGGGAUGGGGGUCACGAGGCUCCUACCCGAGAAAAAUGCCCUCUGGCUUGCCAUGGUCACCCAGACCGAGUCCCACAGACUUCACCGAUGAACAAACGCCUGACAAAGACAAAUCCAGAGAGGAACGUGCGUUUACUCAAACCGCGGGCUGGAUGGAGACCGCAGCGCCGCUGAAACCUCUGGACUCUGAACCAAGUAUUUACUCGGUCGUAUGCAAGAGGAGGAGAACGUCUCACGGCGAGUCCGGAACCGAAAACUCCCCAACAAUCAAGUGUGAGGACUCUGUAGCUUCCCAAAACAUUAACAAAGACAUUUCGUCCACCGCCAGGGGUGUUGGGUAUUAUGCGUUCUAUGCCAGUACCUAAAGUGACUUAACGAGUCAUUAAUCGGCUUUUCUGACGCUCCAUUAUAGAGUUUCUGUACGCAAUCUUAUCUGUGUUUUGUCCGAGUUACGACUCACGUAAACAGUUCAAUUCCCGAUUAUUUGAUAGUGAAUUGUGGGUCUUUAAAUCCAUUUUUUCAGAUGUUUUUUGCUUUUUUUAAUUUAUUAAACGCUCACCCAAAAGCCACUCAAAAGUGUUGUAAGAAAGACGUUUGUAAAAUGUUGUGGUGUCUGUAUUAAACGCCUCCUAUGUUUUGGA